AUCCUGUCUCGAAGAUGCCACGAGACUAUAUUGAUAUAAUGCCAUGGCUCCCAGACACCCUCUUAAUUUUUGAAGUGAGAAAUUGAACUGAAGUCCGAAUAGCCUCUCGAGUAUUGUAUUGCAUCACAACGUGUGAGAUCGAAACAAGAAACGAUGAUGGCGGUUGCUGCACCCAUCUCACCCACCAAACCAACCACCACAAAACCCAUAAUAAUCACUCAAUUCCCACUCAACCCAAAACCUCUAAUUCUUCAACAAUGCAGAACCAUAAAAGACCUCAAUCAAAUUCACGCCCAUCUCAUCAAAACCCGCUUCUUAAACCACCCAUCAGUCGCCGAAAACUUUCUCGAAUCCGCUGCCGUCAUCAUACGUCAUCAACCAAUCGAUUACGCCGUAUCCGUUUUCAAGAAUUUAAACGAACCCAAUUCAUCUGCCUACAAUGUCAUGAUAAGGGGACUCACUUUGAACAAUUGUUAUCAUGAAGCUAUUGUUUUAUUUAAGAAAAUGUUGGAAGAUUUAGUUCAGCCUGAUGAGUUUACAUUUUCUUGUGUGCUGAAAGCUUGUGCGAGAUUACGAUGUUUGGAUGAGGGGAAACAGAUUCAUGGGCUGUCGGUGAAGAUGGGUUUUGGGUGUUGUGGGUUUGUUGUUAAUAGUUUGAUUAAUAUGUAUGGGAGUUGUGGGGAGGUUCGGGUUGCACGCCAGGUGUUUGAUGAAAUGUCUGAACGAGAUGUUUUUACGUGGAAUGCGCUUUUUUCGGGGUAUACGAAGAGCGGGUAUUGGAAAGAGGCGGUGGAGUUGUUUCGUUACAUGUUGGAAGUGGAUGCUAAGUUUGAUGAGGUUACGUUGGUUAGUGUUUUGACGGCGUGUGGGAGGGUCGGGGAUUUGGAAAUGGGGGAGUGGAUUAAGGAGUAUGUAGACGCGAAUGGGGGUAAAAGGAAUGUUACUUUGGUUACUGCUCUUGUUGAUAUGUAUGCGAAGUGCGGGCGUGUGGAUAUGGCUAGGAGUUUGUUUGAUCAGAUGCCGCGAAGGGAUGUGGUUGCGUGGAGUGCGAUGAUAUCUGGUUACAACCAAGCGAGUAGAUGCAAAGAAGCGCUUUCUUUGUUUCAUGAUAUGCAAAAGGCUAAUGUGGAACCGAACGAGGUUACGAUGGUCAGUGUGCUUUCUUCAUGCGCUGAACUUGGAGCUCUAGCAACUGGUAAAUGGGUGCAUUUCUACGUAAAGAAGAAAAAGCUACCGCUUACAGUAACAUUAGGAACCGCAUUAUUAGUUUUCUAUGCAAAAUGUGGCUCGACUGAGAAUCUAAUUGAAGUCUUCGAACACAUGCCUAGGAAAAACGUGUUAUCGUGGAGUGUGCUCAUUCAAGGUCUCGCAAGCAACGGACAAGGAAAUAAAGCUCUCAAAUACUUCGAUCUUAUGCUUUCGAACCGUAUAAAACCAAACGUUAUCACUUUCAUCGGUGUUCUUUGUGCUUGCAGUCACGCGGGUCUGGUUGACAAGGGUCGUGCGUUGUUUGUGAGUAUGAGUCGAGAUUUUAAUAUCGAACCAAGAAUCGAGCAUUACGGUUGCAUGGUUGACAUACUUGGUCGAGCGGGAUUGUUGGAGGAUGCGUAUGAGUUUAUACAAAACAUGCCUAUAAAACCGAAUGCGGUUAUUUGGAGAACAUUAUUGGCAUCAUGCAAAGUUCAUAAAAAUGUUACGAUCGGUGAACGGUCAAUCAAGCAGAUAACGAAUUUGGAACCUCUACACAGUGGGGACUAUUUACUUCUAGCGAGUAUAUAUUCGUCGGUUGGUAGGUUAGAAGAUGCAAUUAGGGUUAGAAGUGAGAUGAAACAAAAGGGUAUUAAAAAGACUCCCGGUUGUAGCUCAAUCGAGGUAAACGGGGUCAUUCACGAGUUUUUUUCGGAAGAUAACGCACAUCCUGAAUCGAAGAAAAUUUACGAAGAAACCGAAAAAAUGAUGAAGAAAAUAAAGUCGGCUGGCUAUGUGCCGAAUAUAUCAGAUGCAAGAUUGGAAGCCGAAGAAUAUGAUAAAGAAACGUCGGUGUUUCAUCACAGUGAAAAACUGGCGAUUGCGUUUGGGCUUAUUAAGACUUCUGUUGGUACCCCUAUAAGAAUCUCGAAGAAUUUAAGGGUGUGUACCGAUUGCCACAAUGCAACAAAAAUGAUUUCGAAGGUUUAUCAUAGAGAGAUUAUCGUUAGGGAUCGAAUUCGGUUUCACCAUUUUAAAAACGGGUCAUGUUCCUGCAAUGAUUAUUGGUGAACUCAAUAUUCUUUAUUCCACAUUUUGCCUGUGUACCCCAAGUGUUUGUUUCUUUUAGACUAGAUUAUGUUUGAAUAGAGUUUAUUGAACAACAUUCAUAUCUCAUCAUUAUAGAAGGGACAACAUCUAUAUCAUACCCUUCAAGGGGUGGCGCAAUGGUAAGCGCCUGAUUCCCUCUAGUUCAGAUCUAA